UCACUCUCUCGAAUACCCGCCCUGCCCCCUUCCCCCUUCCCCCUAACCCUAAAUCCCCAAAAGCCAAAACGGCAGUCCUUCAAGUCUUCCUCAGCUGCUCAUCACACCAUACAUAGUUGAUCACCGCACCUCACCUCACCGCCGGCCUGUCGUCUUCUUCCUCCCCUCGUCACACCAACACUCUUCCUCGCAGUCUCUCUCAAUCUCGAAGACUCUCUCCCUCUGCUUCGUCUCGCUGGCUUCACAGUGUGUCUGAGUACGUCGAGUUCGGGCCUCCGCGUAUCUUGUCGUCGUCAUCGCGUCUCCUGCGUCACUGCUGCGGUGCUGCCUCUCCGUCGCUGCUGCGGUGCUGCCUCUCUGUCGCCAGAAUCUGCCUCAUCCAGUUACGUGAAACCGGUUUUACCGGUUCAAUCAGUAAUUUAUUGGUUGAACUAGUAAACCAGUGAACCAGUAACCUAGCUGGUUUGAUCACCGGUUCGGUUCUUACAACUAUGCUCUGAAGUCGAAACUCUCGUCUCAAGCUCUCAAUUUUGGAAUCUGGACGAAGCUCUGUUGCUCCUUUGAAGGUCGCCGGUGCACGCUGCCAUCACCAUUCUUGGACGGCGAUUUCAGCCGAUGCGGAAGGAUACGAUUUUAACGCGAUCUUCGCUACCUUGAAAGGGAACACGGUAACCUCUGAGCUUCAGCUUAUCCAGUUUUGCAACCAUGCGCGCCGUAGCUGCUCGCUUUUCUAACUAUUUAUGUAAGAGGAGACCUGUGAUCACUGUUCAAUCUCGUAAUUUUUCAUCAUAUAGUGGCAAAGAUGAGCUAUCUAUUGAACAAGAAGCUGAGAGAAAAGUUGGAUGGCUAUUAAAGACGAUAUUUUUCGCCACAGCUGCAGCCGCAGGAUACCAGUUCUUUCCUUAUAUGGGAGAGAACUUGAUGCAGCAGUCAGUUUCACUUUUGCGCGUCAGGGAUCCCUUGUAUAAAAGGAUGGGAGCUUCUAGGUUGACUCGAUUCGCAAUAGAUGAUGAAAGAAGGAUGAAGAUACUUGAGAUGGGUGGAGCUAAAGAGCUCUUAAAUAUGUUAAGCACGGCUAAGGAUGAUCGCACACGAAAAGCAGCUUUGGAGGCUCUUGCUGCACUGUCACAAUCAGAUAAAGUUCUUGCGUCGCUGCACAAUGCUGGGGCCAUUUCAAUCAUUAGGUCUGUACCAAAUUCACUUGAGGAUGCAGAAGUUGAGAAAUUCAAGUUGAGCUUGAUGAAGAGGUUCCAGGAUCUGAGUUAUGAUUUGUCUUGAUGAUUUAUAGUUGAGGAGCUUGCCUUCUUCUUUUGUUGUCUUGAAAACUUGAAAUAAUUGUAUGAGAGAAAGUAAGUUGGCCACAAAGGGGUUUCCUUAGGAAGAGUGAAAAUUGCCAUGUAUCUCAAAUCUUUUGACCAAAUCUUAUAGGGUUAUGGUUCAAUUAAAUUUUUGUUUUGGGAUUACUUAAUUUUGGUGAUUUUGCGACUCAUUGUUAUUUGUUGCCAACCUUGAUAAAUUGUAAAAAUAGUUUAUUCUUUGUUGGUAUGCUUUCUUUUUCUUGCUAAGAAAAAAAUAAAUAAUAAAUUGCUUCA